AUGGAAACGGAAAGCCACUCGACGUUUUUACUGGAAUUUCACACCGAAAAAAACAACUUUUCUAGUCCUGAUGAGUUGAUCGCACCAAUUAAGGAAUUACUGGAAAAGGAUAUCGGAGAAGUCAAAGAAGUUUAUAGAAGAUGUAGCGACGAAUCGGUGAAUGUCAUCCUGGAUUGUGACAUGAAAUCCAUUGUCACCCUACAGCUCAAAAGCUCUGGUCUUGUAUUGAUGAAUAUUGAUAUUGAUGGUCAACAUUCUUCUACAUUUAAUCAAGAAGUUGAUGAACGCUUGCUAGAAUAUGAUGUUGACCAUGUUGUUGCUGAUGUUCGCUCGCCUUUCCAGCACAUUCAAAUUCUUCAUACCAUCAACUUUGGCAACCUUUUAGUUCUUGAUGAUCUCCAGAAUUUAGCUGAAAGUGAUCUAGUUUACACUGAAACCUUGAUUCAAAGGGGAAAAAUUGACUAUACUGGAAAAAACAUCUUGAUCUUGGGUGCUGGAGAUGGAGCAUUACUAUGGGAAUUGCUUAAGGAAGGUCCAAAUAUGGUCACUAUGGUUGAGAUUGAUGAAACUGUGAUGAAACUUUGUAGCCAACACUUGCGCUCUGCAUGCGGAUCAGCGCUUGAUUCCACAACUGGGCCUCAUCACCAAAUCAUUGUUGGUGAUUGCCUAACAGAACUGGACAAGCUGAAAAGCCAAAGCGUUCUCUUCGAUUUUGUCUUUUCUGACUUGACAGACAUCCCUUUAUCGAUUAAACCCCAAAAUAAGGAAUGGCAAUUUCUACUGGACGUGAUGGAAAAAUCUCUUGGUGUCUUAAAGCCUGAUGGGCAGUUUUUAACACACGGGAGUGGUGUGUCUUCCGUUCAAUCGCUGGCCGAUUUCGAAUCGCAUUUAAACAAUUUGGAGCCCCCAGUCGAGUUCAAACGUUGUCAAGCUUUUGUUCCGUCGUUCAUGGAAGAUUGGGUGUUCUAUCAAGUCAGAAAGACGCCAAACAACAAGUGGCUGGUGGACACUUUACUCAUUCCAAAAAGCCAUCAGCAUUUAUUGGCUGCCCAAAUCACGUGA